AUGUCCGAUCUAAAAUUGAUACCAGUGGAAAUGCUGCAAAUAGUGCCCUAUUACAACGGGGACAGGAGACUCCUGAGUUUCUUCCUGCGGAAAUGCGAGUACGUAUACGAGAGAUACAAGGGCGAUGAUGAUCAGAACGAAUACGUGAUGCAUGCGAUCACGAGCCGCCUCACAGAGAACGCGGCGGCGAUAGUUAGUGACCGAGACGAUCUAAGUACGAUGGAGAAGUUGAAGCAGUUCCUGAUACUCCAUUUCGGCGACUACCGCAACGAGGACUUCACAGCUGCUGAGCUGGAACACCUGAGGAUUAACACUGGCGAGUCGUACUCGGACUUCUGCAACCGUAUCCGUUCAGCCUUGUACGUACUGUUGUCCAAAGUGAAUUUGAUAGAAGACGAGAAAAUGAGACAGUGCAAGAUUGAUAUCUACAAGAAAAUGGCAAUAAAUGUUUUCCUAUACAAUCUACCGAUGGAUAUUGUUAGGAUCGUGAGGCUUCGAGGACCAGGGACCAUCGAAGAGGCAUUAGGAAUAGUACUGGAAGAGACGAACUUCUACAACCACUAUAAUAUGUACAAGAGUGCUCCAAUCAAAUAUGGGAUAAACGCAAGCAGUAACCCCUAUUCAAGCCAUGGAUUUAAACAACCCCCCUCCCAGGGUUUCACCUUCGGUGCUCCUCAAAGUACGCAGGGAUCGGUAGGUUUCGGUGCUGCCCAGGGUAAUGUGAAUUCGUUGUUUGGAAAUUCGCAACCCCAGAGUGGUGCCCUCUUUGGGACUGCGAAAGCUGGACCUUCAAUGCCAUUGGCCUCUCAGCAACCGGGACCAGAGAAAUUGGAAACCAUCCAACCUACCAAUUUUUCGAUUAACAAAUAA